GCGCGCACCAAUUCCUUUCAGCUCAGCUGCAGACUGCUGUUACAUGGGACCAUUUUUUUUAUAUUCCUACGAACAUUUUUAGGUGUUGGAGUGGGCGAGAUCUCUGAAGUUUGUACGCAUCUCAGUGAAGUUUGGAGGAACAAGCACACAUUGAGAUAACCAGCACAACGUUGAGGAAAGGACAAUUCAACAUCUCUUAAAACUGCCAAAGUGUGACUUUUGUUAUCUCACCGAUUAAAUGAAGAUGAACUUUUGCAGUGCUUUCUUCUUUUUACUUGUCAGCCUUUACCCAUUACCUCAGAUCUUAGCAAAGGAGUCCAAUGGUCACAUUUCCGUUGUGAUUUUGGGAGCAACAGGCGAUUUAGCUCGGAAAUAUUUAUGGCAGGGAUUUUUCCACCACUACAUGGAACAAGUCGCCAGUGGGAACAGCUUUAGCUUUUAUGGUGGAGCUCUAGCAGAAGCCGACCAGGGAAACCCAGCAUUAUUUGAAAUCCUGAAGGGCCUGAGGUGCCCAUCUGAUGUGGAUCAGCAAAAGUGUGCCUUGUUGAAGGAGCAGUUUUUAAAACUUUCUCAGUAUCGACAGCUGAGGACUGCAGAGCAGUAUUCUGCCCUUCAUGAAGAAAUCAACACGCAGCUUAAGCAGGAAGAACUGGUAGAGGCAGGCAGAUUGUUUUAUUUGUCAGUUCCGGCCUUUGCAUAUGUUGAAAUUGCAGAAAGGAUCAAUAGCAGCUGCAGACCAACUACUGGGGGAUGGCUGAGAGUUGUUCUUGAGAAGCCAUUUGGCCAUGACUACGACAGUGCUCAGAGUCUAGCCAUGGAUUUGGACAAGUUUCUCAGAAAAGAUGAGAUGUACAGGAUAGACCACUAUUUGGGAAAACAGGCUGUUGCACAGAUAUUACCAUUUAGACAUGAAAAUGCAAAAUUACUGUAUCCUCUGUGGAACCAACACCAUGUGGAAAAAGUGGAAAUCGUCCUAAAAGAAACAUUGGAUGUCAAAGGUCGGGCACAAUUUUAUAAUCAGUAUGGUGUUAUUCAAGACGUUAUUCAGAAUCAUCUAACGGAGAUCCUGAUGCUUAUUGCCAUGGAAAUUCCCUAUAAUGCAAAUGACCCACAAGAGGUCCUCGGAAAGAAACUCAAAUUGUAUACCAAUUUACAAGACCUUUCCCGGAGGAGUGCAGUGGUUGGGCAAUACCAGAAUUUUAAUUCUGAAGUUAAGGCGGAGUUAAAUAAGACAGUGGACUAUGUGAGCAACACCGCCACAUUUGCAGGUGUUGCAGUUUACAUUGAGAAUGUCCAGUGGGAUGGUGUGCCUUUUUUGUUGACUUCAGGAAAGUCACUGGAUGAACGUGUGGGCUAUGCACGCAUUGUCUUCAGGAAUCCAACUUUUUGUGUUCAGAAUGAGGAAGCCAUGCAUUGUAAACUCCGACAGGUGAUCUUUUAUUUUGGGCAUGGAAGUUUACAGUACCCAGCCAUUCUGGUCAGUAAGAGCCUCUUUAAACCCAUUUUACCUAGUGGCUGGAAGGAAGUGACUGAAUAUCCAGAAUUGACCUUACUAGGACAGCCACUGUCAGAGUACUACAUCUACACUCCAGUCACACAGAGUGAACCAUAUACAAUACUCAUCUCUCUAAUCUUUCAGGGUAAACAUGACAGUUUUGUCAGCACAGAAAAUCUGUUGGCCUCAUGGAAGUUCUGGUCACCAUUGCUUCAUAGUUUAUCCCUACAUAUGCCCCGUCUUUAUCCAGGAGGGAAUGACAAUAAUAAUUUUUUGGACUUUGAGCUUAAAGGCCGUGAGCUUUCUUUCAUUCAAGAACCAGUGGUGAUAUCGUCAAACAUUCAAGAUGAAAUUUCAGUUGAUAGCUUUCAGAUCACUCAGGGUAAGUAUCGGCAGAAUGAAAUGGUCUCUGCAUGGGCUGAAGAACUUAUUUCAAGAUUGUCUGCUGAUCUACAAAAAGUUGCUGAGGAAAGUGUUAGAAACAGUGGGCAAUUUCAUAUGGCACUCUCUGGGGGCUCUACUCCAAUUGCUUUGUUUCAAAGGUUGGCCUUGCACCAUUACACUUUCCCUUGGAAAAAGACACAUUUCUGGAUGGUCGAUGAGCGCUGUGUCCCCCUGGAUGAUCCCGGAUCCAACUUUAAAACUCUGCAUGACUACCUUUUGCAGUACAUCAAGGUCCCAUAUUACAAUAUUCACCCCAUGCCAGUCUACCUGAAUCAGAGGCUGUGUGUUGAAGAGGACAGUGGUGCAGAGGCCUAUGAAAAAGAGAUCCUGAAACUAGUAAAUGACACCAGCUUUGACUUUAUUCUUUUGGGUGUUGGAGAUGAUGGGCAUACUGCAUCAUUGUUUAGAAAUAGCAAAUUUGAAAUGCAUAAAGACAAGCUGGUAGCGCUGACAGAAAGCCCUUCAAAACCACAUCAAAGAAUGAGCCUAACAUUCUCGGCCAUUAAUAAAGCCAAAAACGUAGCGGUUUUAAUAACUGGAAAGGCAAAGCAUGAAAUGAUAACUCAGUUAAGUCGUGUAAAAGAUGAUGCCAAAAAGUGGCCAAUAACAGCAGUGAAGCCCACAAGUGGAAAGCUUAUUUGGUAUAUCGAUUACGAUGCUCUUCUUGGAUAAAGGAAAAAGUUUUCUCUGAGCCAUAAUUAUACUUUAUUUUUUUUAUUUUUUUUUUACAUUUCAGAUGAGGUUUUUAGCUGUGAAUUAUACCGAAACAUAAAACUUGUAGCAGUAGUGCUCCCUUAAAAAAUGUUAAGACAGGUCCUGUGUUUGACAUUUUAAUGAAAGAAAUUAUUUGUAAGCAUAAGCACGCAAGGUUAAAGCUCUGUUUAGACCAGCAAUAGUUUUGGACAUGAGGUUGGUCAUGACCCAUGCCAUAUUUAUGUCUAAUGUAUUUCACAAUCUUAUGUGUGGAAGUUUAAAGAUUGAUUGUGUAUUUAAACACACUGCUGCAGAGGAACUCCAGUGUGGCACACACAGUCAUUCUAAUUUGUGUGCUGUCAGAUGCUGUUGAUUUGUCAUCAGUGGUCUCAACAUCUCAUUUUACAUUUCUUGGUAUUAACAAUAUUUGGAGAGAAAAGAGAACAGAGCCUUUAUUUUGUCAGAAACACUGCAUCAUUGUUUGUGUUGCACUUUUUUUUUUUUAAUUUAAAGUUCCACACCUGUAUGGCACCUAACUUUGGCACAAUUGCACUAUAAGAGAUGGCGGCGUAUACAGUGAUAUGUGUGAAGACCUUGAUGAGCGUUUUCACAUGGUUAUUACGAACAAACAAAAACAAUUGGAGAAGGAAUUAGCGUUUUGACUUGUGUUUCAUUUUAUAGUUAUAAAUUAGAUUUUUGUCCUAAGGAUUAGUGAUGAUUUUUAUGAGACGAAUCAGCUGAAUUUCUUCAAUUUUACUUUUGCCUAAUCUUUGAAGAAAGAAUUGAUUAAAUCUCACCUCACUUCAGCAAUUGUUUCCAUAGACCUCCUGUUCAUCCUAAUGAACACAAUGAAGCAUUCCUAGCUACAACAUGGAUCAUUUACCUCCAAGUACAGUUUACUAUUUUCUUCCCUCUUAGCAUGUAAAAAAUGAACAGUGAUGAAUAUUCGCUGUCCUGAGUGAUUCUUUAUGAAGCCAUUUUUACAUUUGUCAUCCAUUAUAUUACAAGCCAAGUAAAUAACAACCAUGUUAUGCGGUAGUUGAGUUGUUAAUGGAGAAGUUGGCUUACUGGCUAACAACUACUGUAGGUAUGGGGAGCAAUAGCAAUGCAAUAUAGUAUUAUGAUAUUUUUCAUUGUUUUAUUUAAUCAGUAUAUUGACACUUAUCAAUUCAUUGCUUCUAUAGCCUUUUAAAAGGUACAUAGAACUUUCCUUCCUUGAAUGAAAUUAGAAAUACCCUGACAACAGUUUUUCUUUGUUGGUGCAGGAGCAAUAAUGGCCGCUAAUGUCAGACAUUUGGAUAAAAGACUCCGUCCAUACUUAAGCUGAGUAUUUGGGUACAUUUUGGUUUUCAUACUUUUACAUAGAGCUUAGAGCUUUUCCCUAGGUAUCAUAAUUUUACACAGAGCUUCGUAUAAAACAUGCAGUUUGCAAGCAGUAUUUUAGGAAAAUCAAAUUCUUAAAGCUGCAAUACAGAAAUAAAGACUCUCUUCAUAUUCAGCUGCUGUUUACUGUACAGUAAUUGGCCUUAAGGAACUGUCUGAGAUACUUAAGUGCUUUUUCUGCAGUUGAAUUAGUGUUUUUCCUAUUAGUUUUAUCAAAGUGAAAUUAUUCCAAUGGGAUGUGAUACCAAGCGAAGUAAUACCACACCAAUAAAGUCUGCUUCAUUCUGAGCAGAGUCCUUGGAGAGAUGGAGCCUAACCCAGCAGGCAUAGGAUGCAAGGCAGAGAUGGUCCCUGGACAGGGUGCCAGCCCAUCACAGGGAAGAAAUAAUUUUCAAUACAUACCACAGUCAUAAACACUUGAAAACGUUGUAGCAUUAUCUCAUCACAUAUUAAAGUAAUAUUGUACAAUCAUGGAGUUAUCACAAUAAAUAUCACAAUAACGUUGUAUUUUGGUGUCCUACUACUAUGGACUUUGUAAUUCACAGUUUCAUCAGGCUGUGACAAUUUUAACUAUUUCUUUUCCUGGUUGAUCAAAAGAGCUGUGUUUCACCUUGACCAGUCGCUGCAACCAGGAAUGUAAAAUGAACAAAACAUUAAGAAUCCAUACUCUUCUUACUAAUAAUUGCUAUAUAGUUUAAAAUGAGUUUUGCCUCCUUUUUAAAAGCUGUCCUCCAUAUGGAAAAGGCUCUCAUUAAUGAAGAAAUAAUGUUUAUUGUGUAAGCUUACAUUAGUUUUAUAUUUUUAUGUAAAUUUAUGCAAACUUGAAUACUUUAAAGGGUUUGUGUACACGCUACGCAUGUAAACCAAAAUAGACCCUUUGCUUAUAGAAGGUUUAAAAAAUGAAUGUACAUACACAGAAUGUAUAAAAAUGCAGCGAUAUUACUGUAAAAUAUGAAUCUAUUUGUUUAUCUAUAAUUAGCAUUACUUUUACGUUGCAGUUGAGGUUAUUAAGAAUAGGUUAAAGUUCAAGCCAUAAGGCGAGUGUGAAAUCCAUUUUAUCAGUACCCGUAUUAUGGUGCUAUACAACAGCAGUCCUCAAGUUCAGUCCUGGAGGUCCCUUGUGGCCGCAGGUUUUUGUACCAAACAGUUUUACAGUCGUCAAGUCAUCUUACUUAUUAACUGAUCUUGAUGAUGUUCUUUUUUUCUCAAGUCUAUGUUCAGAAAAGCAUAGUAGUGUGAGAUUGACAUUCGUAGGAAAUUUAGAACGUCAUGUAUUUUUGUAAUUUUUAAUUUUUUUGUGGAGAAUACUUCCUUGUUUAUACCCAAUAAUAAUGUCAUUAGUAUUGUUAAAAAUUAAAAAUGCUACUACUUCAAUGUCACGCACAGUCAUGUGCUCACUAGAAAAUAAUGACUUAAAUAGGUGUGUGAAAUAAUAAUAAUGACUUAAAAAGGUGUGAAAUACAUUAAUGGUUAUUGAAUUCCAAUUAAUGUUGG